AUGACAAAGAUUGCUCUUCUUGGUGCUGCUGGUCAGAUUGGGACCCCUCUUAGUCUCCUUUGCAAAGCUAGCAAUCUCUUUACGGAAAUCGCCCUCUACGAUCUCGUCCAUACACCUGGCAUUGCCACCGAUCUCAACCACAUUGACACCAAAGCGACUGUCUCUGGCUUUUUACCUGCUGAUGAUGGGUUGGCCAAGGCACUCAGCGGAGCCGACAUUGUCGUCGUCACUGCUGGGAUUGCCAGGAAACCAGGAAUGACUCGGGAUGACCUGUUCAAUACCAACGCUUCAAUCAUUAGAGGCAUCUUCACCCAAGUUGCAAAGACCUGCCCGAAGGCCAUUUCGUGUAUCAUUACCAAUCCAGUGAACUCAACAGUUCCAGUUGCAGCCGAGACUUUGCGUACAGCCGGUGUAUUUGAACCCGCGCGCCUUUUCGGCGUAACUACUUUGGAUGUCGUGCGAGCGUCAACAUUUGCUGCACACGCUCUUGGCGGCGACGCCGAUCCUACCAGCAUCAAAGUCCCCGUUAUCGGUGGCCACAGCGGUGCUACCAUUCUUCCUCUCUACAGCCAGGCUCAGCCCCCUAUUGACCUCGGUGCCGAACUACCAAACGUUAUAAACCGUGUACAAUUUGGUGGUGAUGAAAUCGUGAAGAGCAAGAAAGGAGCCGGCAGUGCUACGACUUGUAUGGCUUAUGCGGGUUUCAGAUUUGUCAAGGCCCUGCUUACCGCGAGUUCCGGAACCCCAGCCAUCGAAGAGGCUUAUGUCUAUCUGCCAGGGAUCAGUGGAGGAAAGGAGAUCUCGACCCAGCUUCAGGUCGACUACUUUUCCGUCAAAGUCAAGCUGGGUGAGCAAGGAGCACGUGAGGUCCUUCCUAUUGGCAAUUUGUCAGAUGAUGAAAGGAUCCUCCUUGAAAAGGCUGUUGAAGAGCUGAGGGUGAACAUCCAAACGGGUUUAUCAUUCGUAGCUGGAAAAUAA